AUGAAGAAAGAAGGAGAAGAAAAAACCAUAAUCUUGAAUGUAAAUUCCAUUCAAAAACAGAGCAUUCAACAGCAACUGGCUAUGAUUGCUUUCAUUCAUCUCUGCAUCUCCUUGUUCCUGAACCCACAGAUCAUCAAGGCUGCCACAGCCAAUUAUCCCUACACCCCAACGGACCAUAUGCUACUCAACUGUGGUUCGCCGUCAAGGCAAACUGCCGCCGAUGGACAGAGCUGGGACGGCGACUUCGGCACAAAGUUGUCGCCGGACAUCAACGAAGCUAGCAUCUCAUUUGCAGCGAACGCAACAGAACAAAACCCUUCCAUCACCGGCGAUGUCCCUUACAUGACAGCCCGGAUCUUCAAUUCUCAAUUCUCCUACAGUUUCCCCGUAUCCCGGGGCCAAAAAUUCCUCCGCCUUUACUUUUACCCGGUCACAUACUCCGGGAACACCCUCUUAAAAAACCAAUCUUUCUUCUCUGUCACUGCCAAUCAGUACUCGCUUCUCAGCAACUUCAGCGCGUAUCUCUCAGCACAGCCCACUCUCGUGAAGGAAUUCAUCAUCAAUGUCGGGCAAAUUCAACUUCUAAACGUCACAUUUGUGCCAGCGGCAAACUCAUACGCCUUCGUCAACGGAAUUGAAGUUGUGUCCAUCCCCGACAACUUCUAUAUGGGCAACCACGACGUGAUAAACAAUCCAAUCAAACUCGUCCCCAUGCAGACUCCCUUUGAAGGUUUGGAUAAAAACACCACAGCUUUCGAAAGUCUGUACUAUUACAGGCUAAACGUCGGGGGAGGGGCAAUCUCCGGGGUGAAUGAUACAGGGAUGUUUCGUGAAUGGUUUCAGGAUCGGGAGUUUAUAUUUGGUGGGAAUCCUGGAAAUUCCUUGAGUAAUGCCACCAUAACUCUCCAGUAUACUUCACAAACUCCAAAUUACACCGCGCCGUCACUGGUCUACACCACGGCGAUGGCGAUGGGAAGGUUGAGUAAAGAGUACGAUUUGAGUUGGAAAUUCCAAGUGGAUUCCGGGUUCUAUUAUAUAGUCAGGUUACAUUUCUGCGAGUUUAUGCCCUAUUUAAUCAACGCCACGGGACAAAGGAGGUUCACGAUCCUCAUCAAUAACCGUACUGCUGAACUAGAGGCUGAUAUAAUACAGUGGACAGGUGGUACCGGAAUUCCUGUCUUCAGGGACUACGCCGUGUUCGUUCCAAAUUCUUCCUACAACAGCCAGAGCAAGCAGGAGUUGUUUCUCGCCUUGCGUCCUGACUUUGCAAACCCAUCCAUCUACCAUGACGCUAUCUUAAACGGGCUAGAGGUCUUUAAAUUGAACAGCACCGCAGGCAGCCUCGCCGGUCCCAACCCUGAACCUUGGGUGCCAGAUCCCAAGCUGACAGAGAAGAAGAAGAACAGCAAGGGGGGUCAUAUGAGGAUGAUAGUCGGUGUUCUCGGAGGAGUGACCGGAGGAUGUGCCGUACUCCUGGCACUCUACUUUUUACUGAUUUACCGGCGACGACAAUUAAACAAUAAAGAUUUUGACCGGAAGAGUAAUUCAAAGUCAUCGUGGGCGCCGCUGUCAACUCGUUCAAGGUCAACAAAGACAAGCGCCUCCGGUGGCUCAUUAUCUCUGCCGUCGGAUCUCUGCAGACGAGACCAAUUGAAUCUGGCGGAGUGGGCCCGGAGGUGUUACAAAAAGGGAGCCGUCGAUCAGAUCGUGGAUCCCAACUUGAAGGGCCAGAUUUCGGCCGAGUGCCUGAGGAGUUUUUCAGAGAUAGCCAUCAAUUGCUUGAAAGACCAGGGAGUUGACCGGCCGGCGAUGAGCGACGUGGUUUGGAGUCUUGAAUUUGCGCUGCAGCUUCAAGAAGCUGCCGACAAGGACGGCGAAGAUCGUACCAUAUUUAUUCCAGUGAUAUCGGACGGAGGAGAAGGAGAGAUGACAUCAUCUGAAAAUGAUACGGUCGCGAUGUUCACGUCAAGCGAUCUGAAAAUGACUGCGGCUGAGAGUAAAUCGAGGGAUCAAAGCAGUAGUACCACUGCGAGUUUUUCCACUGCCAACAGUUGUGAUAAAUUGAAGCCUGAAAGUGUUUUUUCUGAGAUCAGGAAUCCUAAAGGAAGAUAA